AUGGACAAGCCGUCUAUUCCCUCCGACGGCCCUUCGCAGCCCGCCAACACCCUCCCAUCUACAGCCGCCCAACCUGGUAACAACACACCCUCUCGCAUCGCCCUUCCCUCCGCAUCUGCCGCCUCCGCUGCCGUAGUACCCGUUUCCAAUGGCAUCCCCAAUGCCGCCUCUGCAUCAAAGCCUUCGUCGGCCGCCAACUCGACACCCAAUCCCUCCCGCGACGGCUCUCCCAGUCGCCUCAUUCGAAAGGCCACGUCCUCUAGCCGCCUCGCCGGCAACCGCCCUCGCAAAAACAGCCAUCAAGACGUGAGCCCAACCCGCCCGUCUAGAUCCCAAAUACCCACGCACACGGCCGCUGCUCGCAGUCUCUCAACAUCCGCUACCCCCUCGCUGCCACCCGCCGCCAAGGAACCGCACCAGCCAGCAACACCGCAAAAGAACGGCGUUGCACUCUCUGAUUCCAGGCAAAAUCCUCGAUGGCCACUCUCCCCCCGAUUGCGAUCUCCACCCCCGAGUUUAAACAGGUCUGGCCGUUCAUCACCAAGGCCUGAGCCCGACCUGCCUGCUAUCAACGUCUUGCAGGCAAGUCCCGCCAUCAAGCCCGUUGACAACUACCCUCCAGCCGACAACGACAUCGACAUCGACGAGUCCAACUACAGCUCCGGCGUCCACACGCCUGUGCGCACCGGUCUGGAAACUGUGCAGGAAGUCACCACUCCCGUCGCCGGCCGCGGCCUCCUGGAGCAUGUCAAGGAAAAGCUUGUGGCCCCUGAUCCUCAAUCCGAUGGCGCUCUGAGCGAUGGUGGCCGCACUCUGAGAGCUCGCUCCAACCAAGCCCCGGAUAACCUUGCCGAGGGUGCCGGUAGAGUCGACAUCCGAAGAACCACCUCUGUACCCCCACCCCCCGUCGUUCGUCAGUCUAGCUCGCUGUCGAUGAAGCAGGGCAAGGCCAAGACCGAGGGAUCUACCCAGAACAUGACAGUUGAGACUGAGACUGUCGCCAGCAUACCCCAGGUCCCCAUCAACACGAGCUCCAAGGCUGAUGGCCCAAACGGCACUCUCAAGACCAAGCACAGCACCGAAACCAUCAAGCCGAAAAAGGAAAAGAAGAAGACCGUCCGAAAGCAGUCCAACGUUCACACCGGAACAUCCGCCUCCAAGGCCGACAACUUUGAGGCCAAGAUUGCUAGCGCUGUCGAUGAAGCUAAUACCUCCGACUCGGAAGAAACCUUUGUCUACGAUUCCAAUCCCCCAGACGGUACCGACCGCACUGUUCGCCGUUUCCACUCGCGCACGCCCAGUGCCACGUCCAUGGCCAGCCAGCCCCCGGAUCGCCAAAACGUUCGCUCCAUUUACGGCGUCAUGGAGGCUGCCGGCCAUCACGGCCCCGUUCCCAAGAAGAGCAUGAAGUUUGUCAACACAUUUAAUGGCUCUGGGACAGAAAGCUUGACUCCAGGGGAAGACGAUGGCAAGGCCACUGGUCGCAGCGCAGGUGGCUCUGGUCGCGGGACCGCAAGGCACCAUCACCACAUUGGCCGCUGGGGCCGCCAGCCCAACAACAGUCAUCUGUCAAUAUUCGACAAUGAUUCACCCUUUGCCAACACGACCCGAGCAAAGCCCCCUACCUCGGCAUCUCGAAACUCGUCAGGCCCGACGAGCCCUCGCAACCACCAUUCGCCUCGCGGCCAACUGAGCUCCAAGCGCUCUGCUCUUCAAAUGUCGUCCAUCUACGACAUGGACGAGAACACCGGCGCAGAUGACGAGCGAACGCCUCUGAUCGGCACCGCCCGCUACAGAUCCGGUCGCAACAGGCGCGGCCCUCACAAUCUCCGUCAGGCUGAGUCUCAGACAUAUACCCGCCGAUCCUCAUAUCUGAACCGAUUCGCGGCAUGUCUUGUCCUUACCAUGAUGUUUCUGUUGGUGAUUACUGGUGCCAUUGGAUUCAUGUUUGCCACGUCUCAACCCAUGGCUGGCAUUGAGAUUGUCUCGAUUCAGAAUGUCGUCACGAGCGAGCAAGUCCUCAUCUUUGACCUUUCUGUCAAGGCUCACAAUCCGAAUAUUGUUCUGGUCACGGUCGAUCAUACCGAUUUGGAAAUAUUUGCCAAGUCAGACCACGGCGGCACUGAUUCGGAUUGGUGGAAGAAACCUGGACCUGGAGAAGAAAUUCAACCGCAGGCCAGCCUUGGAAAGAAACCGCCCAAGGAUAAGGACGACGAUGAUGAAGAUGCAGACAAGCGCCCGAAUAUACUCCUGGGCCGCAUCACCGAGUUUGAUAGCCCGCUCAUGUUUGAGGGCUCACUCUUCCACCAGGGCAGCUCCACCUCGACUGGGGAGAUGAAGCUUCAAUCGCCUGGAAACGGCACAGCAGGAGGUGUCAAGAGAUGGGAUCAAAUCUACCAAAAUGAGUUUGAUCUAAUCAUCAAGGGCGUUUUGAAGUACACUCUACCUCUAAGCGCCCGCGUCCGCAGUGCAACCGUUUCCGGACGUACGACGGUCAAGCCGAACUCAGCCAACGAUCCCUCCCUUCAACCUCCCAAAUCCAAUUCGACGGUACUUGGCACCCCGAACAAAUUAACCACCCGUCUUAAGACAACAUGGACGGGCUGA